GAAGCCAUCCUGAGCUCCUGGAUCCAGUUCAGCGAUGGCUCUGUGACUCCGCUGGACAUUUACGAUCCCAAAGACUUUUCCCUCUCUGCUUCAUCACUGGACGAAUCUGUCGUUUCAGCCCACCUGAGUUCUACUACAAAAUGGCCAGUGGUGGCAGCAGAAGGUGAAGGACAAGGCAUGUUGGUCAAAGUGGACAUGAUGAUCUCUGAAGCUUGCCAGAAGUCCAAGAGGAAGAGUGUCCUGGCAGUGGGCAGCGGCAGCAUCAAGGUGAAGUUCGGCCAGAAUGAUGCCAAUGCCCAUGGCGUCAGUGAUUACGACGCCGAUGAGAUCGAAAACCACGCAAGCGACCGGAGGCAGAAGGUGUUGGACCAAGAGCGGUAUGGCCAAGAUGGGCGAUACUACGGGAGUUCUUCUGCCGAACGAGAAGACGGUGCCGCACGGAAAGUCAGCACCACGGCAAAAUCUAUGAUCAAAGGCAAAGUACUGAAGAGCAACCUGGCUGGAGACAAGCUCUCCGACGAUGGGCAGCUGCAGAACAUCCCCAUAGACUUCACCAACUUUCCAGCCCAGAUCGACCUCCCCAAGAACGAUGGCAGUAUGGACGACAGUGACCUUGUGCAGGCCCCUAGGGGACUCAGUGACCUGGAGAUUGGGAUGUAUGCUCUCUUAGGGGUCUUCUGCCUGGCGAUUCUCGUCUUCCUGAUAAACUGUGCCACCUUCACGUUGAAAUAUCGGCACAAGCAAGUUCCGGUGGAAGGGCAGGCCACCAUGAGCCACUCCCACGACUGGGUGUGGCUUGGGAACGAAACCGAACUGCUGGAGAACCAAGUGGACAUUUCGCCCCCGCAGGACGAACGCACGACAAACGUCGACCGGGGGAUAGGCUCGGAGGAGAGCAACCAGCUCCUCAACGGGAGCAUGCCGAAGAGUAUCCAGAGCCAACUGCACAAGUCUGCUGACUCGGGGGGCAAGCAAGGGAAGGAGCAGAAGCUCAACCCCCCCUUGCACUCGCCCACCUCCAAGCGAAAGCGGGUCAAGUUCACCACGUUCACCACGAUCCCUCCGGACGACAGCUGUCCAACCAUCAACUCCAUCCUCAGCUGCAACGAAGAUGACAUUAAAUGGGUUUGCCAAGAUAUGGAUCUCGGGGAAACCAAACACUACAUGGAGAAGAUCAAAGAGAAAGCAUAG